CGAACUACACAUAAGUGGCGUGAACGCCUGAUGUCGCAGUGUCAAGACAGUCAGGGGAAUUAUCUGAAGCUGAAGCUGAAGCGACGUCGUUACCAAGCUUGUUGGCAACCAGUUUAUAUUUACAUUAAUAUUCACCAGACGAAUCUAACGGGCAAAUGCAUAGAUAGUCCUUUCUAAAGCGAAAUGCUAGUGUGCGUGGCACGGAGUCAGUUACCUAGCUAGCUAAACGUUAGUUUUAAAAAAUUUAGUAGCUAACUAGUUGCGUAGUGUUAGCGAGCUAGGUGGAGGCGUCUUCGGACUUUAGAGACGGCUGUUUGGAAACAUGCAAAGAGAUGUGUAUAUGUAGGGCAAAGUUAAUCUAAAUGCAUCGGAUAGCAUCGUGGUGUAGCACAACUACCCGUCUGCCCGCAGUCUAUUAACUAACUCUCUAAUAUGAGUUCUUUGGAGGAACUGUUAGCUACUUGUACAUGUAGCUAGCUAAGAGUAACGACACUCUCCAGCUAACCAAAGCUGCUUUUAACGCCGGGGGUUUGUUUUGAAACUACUAAAGGGCCAAGGACUCCAAAACAAUGGAAACCACGAGCACAAAAAAUAUUUAUGCAAGUCGCAAACGGAGGAAACCCGCCCUGAAAAGUGUGAAGGAGUCUUCAGUUGAACCUGCAAAGUCAAAUCCGUCUAAGAGGCACCGUGAUCGGCUGAAUGGAGAACUGGACCGGUUGGCCAGCCUGCUGCCUUUUCAUAAGGAUGUCAUCGCUAAGCUGGACAAACUGACAGUUCUCAGGCUGAGUGUUGGAUGUCUGCGUGCCAAAAAUCACUUCAAUACUGUCCUGAAAACAAGCAGCUCGAAUCAACCAGCAAACAUUGACGCAAAUACACAUGUUCAGGAGCUGCCAGAAGGUGAACUACUGUUACAGGUCAUAAAUGGAUUUGUAUUGGUGGUCACCUCUAAUGGCACAGUUGUUUAUGUCUCUUCAACUGUUCAGGACUAUCUUGGGUUCCAUCAGACAGAUAUCAUCCAUCAGAGUGUUUAUGACCUCAUUCACACAGAAGACAGGGCUGAGUUUCAACGGCAACUCCACUGGGCUCUUAACCCCAGUAACUCUCCAGACACUGGGCAACUAGUCCAAGCUACCGAAGAUUCACAGUUACACCAUACAUAUUACAACCCUGAGCAGUUACCACCAGAGAACUCUGCCUUUCUGGAACGAAAUUUCAUGUGCAGGUUAAGAUGUCUACUGAACAACUCAUCUGGCUUUCUGGCCUUGAACUUACAGGGCCGUUUAAAGUUCUUGCACGGGCAGAAUGAAAAGACACCAGAGGGCAAACCCAUUCCACCUCAGCUGGCCUUAUUUGCCCUGGCCUGUCCAGUCCAACCACCCUCCAUUCUGGAGAUCCGUGCCAAAAACUUCUUCUUCAGGACCAAACACAAACUGGACUUUACACCAAUUGCAUGUGAUGCCAAAGGGAAGAUUGUGCUGGGUUACACAGAGGCAGAGCUGUGCUACCGUGGCUCAGGCUACCAAUUUAUUCAUGCAGCAGACAUGCUACACUGUGCUGAGAACCACAUACGCAUGAUAAAGACAGGUGAGAGCGGGUUGACUGUAUUUAGGCUGCUUACCAAACAGAGUGGCUGGGUUUGGGUGCAGGCUAAUGCCAGACUCAUCUACAAAAAUGGCCGUCCUGACUUUAUCAUCGCUUCUCAAAGAGUACUCAUGGAUGAAGAAGGAGAAGAGACCCUGAAGAAACGUGGCCUCAUGCUCCCCUUCAGCUUCACCACAGGAGAGGCUGUACUGUAUGACAUGUCCUUCAGUGGCACUCCCUCUGGCCCAGAAUCUAUUGCAUCUGUUGCUCCAGGAGACAGUAACCAACAGAAACUCCCUAGUGGGCUAGAUCCCAACUCUCUCCUGGGCUCCAUGCUAAAACAAGAUGAGUCUCUGUAUGUCUGCCCUUCAGGUUCAGAGGAGCCGAAAGCUCGGGAUCCUGAGGAAGAGGAGGAGGAGCUUGGUGGGAUCUUUUCCAGUAACUGGGAAAAGAACAUUCUGUCUCUCCCUGAGACCCUUCUCUUUAAACCAGAUCCUGCCAUCAGCUCUGGAGGGGAAGAGAGUAACCGUGAGCUCAUGAGUCUCAUGAGCAGUCUGGGGGUCACUCCAGAAGACUUAGAGCUCCUACAGCAAGAAGAGCUAUUCGUUAACAUAGAGCUGGAUGGUCGAUAUGGCUUUGAAGACUUUACUGACGAUGUUCUUUCCUAUGUCCAAGACUCUCUUAGGAAGAAGGUGGACUUUGUACUUCCCAGCAGCGUUCAGGCCAAUAUGGAGGAGAAAUGUUUUCCUCAACACCAGCCUCCAUCACAGCCACCACUGAUUCCAUGGUCACAGGGUCAGCAGCUAUUUUUACAAAGUCCUGUAUUGUCACAGUCCCAGCAGCAAUGCUUGUCUUUUCUUGACAGUCCUUCAGAACCAAAGACACAGCAGUUUAUACCAAAGCAAUCCUAUUCACAAUCUCAGCAGUCUACUUCUAUGCAAGAUAGUCAGCAAACUCAUCAUGGGACCCUUCAAGCACAGACUCAUCUGUCCAGACAGCCAAGCUUAACACAACCUGGACUUCAGAUGAAGCAGCAACAGCAGUCGUCUCAUCCAGUGAACUACAAACAUGCAUACCAACCUGAGCUUUCAUGCUUCUUUUACCCUGAGAAGGAAGUGUAUCAUAGACUAAAGCACACCGAGGUGAAUGGCAGUGAAAGUAUUUCUGUUACAGACAGUAGUUCCAUUGGUGAGCGGCUGCCAACUGUCUCACAGUCUGGAUUGCAGCAACCUGGAAGCUUUUACCUGGAAACCAACCAUUUGCCUUGGGGACUUCCCUGUAUGAACCAUUUAAACACUGUGUCCAUGAGCUGCAAUCAGGAAUUUGCCCCGUCCUACAGUCAUGCAGGUAACUCACAUGUGGGUGAGUAUGUGGGAGAACUGCUAACCUGUUUGGACACUGUGGGCCAGGAGAAGCAUGGGCAAUUUGGAGAGCUCCAUGGAGGAAGUCAACCUCUCUGUGCACAGUCUAGCCUCGAUCACAGCAUGCUCCAGCAGCCAUACGUAGGCCAGAAUGGUGCACAUGGGAAUCUGCAGGAGAGCUUUGAAGAGGAGGGUAUGGGAGGCCUUGCAGCACAGCCUCCUCAGUGUUCUAGCGACAACAGACCCUACCCAGACCUGUCCCUGGGAUACAUGUGAAUACACCUACAUACUUGUGGGUAGCGUAGAGCAGAGCAUGAGGAGCUCACAACCUAGCAGUGCUCAUGCUAGGAGAUGUGAGGUUGAGAAGCUCUGUCAGGACUUUACACAGAGCAAUAAUAAAGAAAUAGUACAGAAUAGAGUCAGAGUGGGAGUGGGAAACAGGAUGUGUGUAAGAGGUUCUGAGCAACAGCAGACGAAAACAGAACUAAAAAGAAGCUGGAACUGAGCAGGAAACGUAAUGUAUUGAGUGAGAAAGGCAAUGUAAGAAAAUACCUGAGAGAAUAUGUGAAAUAUUAUCCUGUGAGUCAGAUUAGCUGAGCUGUGAAGUAACCCCAGUCAGUUCCAGCUAAUGAAUAGAGAGUAUCCCCAUGUGUGUGUGACAGGUGUGUGUGGGUGUAUCAUAGAAUGUGGAGUAGUCCUAACCCUUCAUCUGAAGUCACAUUUGUUCAUUUGUCUUUUCAUUUGAACCUUUGUGAAGUUAGAUCAUCCCACCUGUAUACAGAAUGAAAUGUUCCUCCAGGACAAAAAUACAAAACAAACACAAGAGUGUGGUAUACAGGAUUACACACAGAUUACACAGAUGUCAGAUAAGUGGAAAAAAUGAAUAUAGUACAAUCAGUUACAGAACAGUGCAGGUCAGGGCACUGCCUGUGUGUGUGUGUGUGUGUAAAAAAAAAAACCGCACUUAUGGUAUAAAAGGCUAAAGCACAUACUUUUUGUAGCUGUAAUGACAAAUAAGCCAUUAUACUAUGAAAACUUGUUAGGUUUUUAAUAUGCAAAAAGUUUUAAUGUCUUUAAUUUACUUCUGAUGUGGACUGGUCUGUUUCACUGUUUUUUUGAAGAUAGGUGAGGCCAAAAAUUUUUCCUGGAUUAUAAAAUUGUGAAUUGUUCUUUCUGUAAAGUGUGAAUUUUUUUUUUUUUUCACAAAGCAAGCGACAAUCACACUUGUGCAGUAUUUUGCAUUGUAGUAGUUUUAAGCCAAGAGAGAUUCUGAGCAUUGUACAAGUAGUGGCAGAAUUACACUGCUUCUCCUAACUCAUGAAAAUCAUUUCCCAAGGUAUAUUUUGGGUUAUUUCCUCAGCACUGUUUAUAUGAAUAUGCAGUAGGAUAAUGUUAGGAUACUCUGACAAUCCGAUAUAGUUGACAAUCAUCUUAGCCAUUUUUAUACAGUAAUUUAACACUUUGCAAUCUGUUGCACUUUGGAUAAAUCUACAUCUAACACAUGUAGCAGGUAUCUGUGAGCUCAGCCAGUGACUUACAUGUGUAUGCAGUAGGUAUGAGAGGAAACGUAAUGUUCGUCACACGUUCAUUUAUCUUCAGUAAUUGCUUUAACCUGGUCUGGAGUCUGUGGAAUACACGUUCUAGAUAGGACACCAGUCCAUCACAGGGCAGUGUACACAAGAGCAUUUUAGAGUAGCUACUCCACUGGCAUGUUUUUGGUGACAUGUAGAACACAAGACACGUCUCACAGAGCUCGGGAUCGAGCCGAGGACCCUGGAGCUCUGUGAAGCUAAAUGCUGCACCACCGUCCCACCCCUCUAUACAUCCAGAAACCUGAUCACCAAACUGAAUUGUUAUUAUUCUUUUUUCUUUUUUUUUCUUUUUUUAAAAAAACAGACUAUUUUUGGACUGUAUUAGGUUGGAUGACCAUUGUAUCAGUUAAUUUUAAUAAUUAAAUAAUAAUGAAUUGAACCAUAAAAAAUAUUGGGGUAAAUUACUCAUGCAAUUGGAAAAAGUUUAUUGUUCCAUCAUGCUGUUAACAAUUUAUGUCUGUACAAAUUAGAUAUAUUUACAUGAUCACUAAACAUAUUAUUGAUUUAAUUCUUUAAUUUGUUUAUUGGAAGAUAUUGGUGAAUAUGUUAAUUUAUUUUGUUUUUUAUUUCUUUCAGUUUGAUUAUUUUUUCAUCACCUAGAAUGUGUGUACACAAUGUUCCUUUGAAACACAGGAAUGUUCUCUGUAACCCAAAUGUUUGAGAUUUCUAAUGGGUCAAACAGACCUGAGGGAAAGAUGAUGAAAAGUUCACUGAAAUUCUAAUAAUAGUAAAAAAAAAAUAAAUAGUGUGAGUGCAAAUAUGUGUAUGAGUGUGCUGUUCAGACUUAAAGUAAAUAUUUAUAUAUAAAUGUUUGUCCCAGUCCUAGCCCUGUUUAUCACAAUGAAUCUCUUACUUCCCUUUUUUUUUUUUUUUUUUUACACUUUCCCACAACUCCCAACAAUCUCUCCUCAUGAUUUAAAGGUGUCUUUUGAACAUUUAGUUGUCUUUUAAACCAUCAGCCUCAACAGCAUAUAACAAUUGUUUUGUUGUAUUUGUGUAUUCUGUCAGUGACACAAGGCAUCAUCCUUAUUUUUACUUGUACCUCGGCACUUUCCAUAUGACUGAGAUUAAAACUGACUGAAAAGA